GGGCAGCAGAAGCCGCCCUACGGCAGUUUUUGCGAUGCGCCGUGCGAGAGCGCAAAGAGCCGGCGGCCGCUGGAGCUGGAAGCCGAGAGGCCCGUGUCUUUCAUCGCCAACUACGUGUCGCCCGACUCUCCCGGCGAGCACGUUUCCAAACCCGGCAUCCCAACCGCUGACUCCAAAGCCUCUUUCGAGGCGCACGUCAGAGAAAAAUUUAACAGGAUGGUGGAGGCCGUGGACAAAACGAUAGAGAAGAGAAUCGACAAGCUUACCAAAGAGCUGGCCCAGAAAACCGCCGAGCUGCUGGAAGUGCGGGCAGCUUUUGUGCAGCUGUCGCAGAAGAAGCAGGAGGUGCAGCGGCGAGAGCAGGCCCUGAGCAGGCAGGUGGACGGGGCGGGGGGGAUGAUCGCAGCCCUGAAGCAGCGCCUCACCGAGUCCGAGGAGGAGCUCCACAGGAAAGAGGAAGAAGUAGUUACUUUCAACCACUUCCUUGAAGAAGCAGCAGAAAAAGAAGUCCGGGGAAAAGCCAGGCUCCAGCACUUCAUUGAGAACCUAUUGCAGCGAGUGGACCUGGCAGAAAGGCAGCUAGAGUAUUACCAAAAUCAGCAGACUGUGUGCAACCACAAUGACGUCAGCGAACAUGUGUUUACAGACAUUUCAUUACAUAAGAAACCCAGAUGCCUGAGCCGAGGAAGUCAACACACUUCAUAUAACAUCCCUGACACAAAGCCUCACUCCUUUCAAAAAGGAAGAAUCUUGCUGAAAAAAGUAAAGGAUGAAAAAAACAGCAUGCAGCCAGUCAAAUACUUCUAUGAACCUGUUGAUUGCCCAAGAGAACUGUGGAGACCACAAAAGAAAGGUGAACCAGUCUGCUCUGCCAGAAAGGUGAAUGCAAAAUCUAAGAUGGGUAAAAAGGCCAAACCACUAUAGGAAUGGUUAAUAAUAUAUAUAGUAACACAGGAGCUUGGCUUCAACAGAACAAAUAUUGUUUGAAGUUAAUCAUCCUAUUUUUUCUUACCCAUCUGGCCAUGCCAAAACAUAUCAAAUAUAAUAUAUAGAAAUAUAUACAGUAUGGAAUAUUUAUAUAUAAUUUAGAAAUGCCGUUCCCACUUCGGGCACUAGAAGAGAAGUGACAUUGUAUUCAUUGAGGUUUUUCUAUCUAUUUAUUUAUUUAUAGAGCUUAUUUUAAAUGACUGCAGUUACCUUGCUGGGCAGUACUGUGGCUGUAUGUUGUAUUAUUUUAGUGGCAGCAUGUGGCUUGGUUACUUAUUUUCAAUCUGUGCUGUUGCUGAAGUUCAGAAGAAUCCAUUUAAUCGGCACCCAACUAUUCAGUCUUUGUGCUUUGGUAGGUAUACGGUCAAUGAUUAACUGUCACAUGUGCAAACAUACUUAGAUGCAAAAAGUCCACUUGAGUUGACUUGAAGGCUGUUUAUAGCAAUAGACUGCUACUCUGAUUUUUCUGCUAUAAGCCUAAUUGGGCACAUUUCGACACUUUCUUACGUGUAUUAAACAGCUCGAUCUUGCCAACAGCCACAUUCUCUGUUAGUACAAGUUCAAGCUGCUUCGGUGUUUCAAGCACAGCUGUCACACUCCAGAAGCUCUAUGUUUUUGCUGUCGGUACCAGCCUCUGGUGUCACUGAGCACUGAGAGCAGAACCUGGUACCUCAGCCCCCACCAGCACUUUGAAGCAGAGGAGUCAUUUUUUUACCAAGCCGCAGCAGCAGGUUUUUAACAGCUGCAGAGCAGCAAGUGAAGGGGUAAAAUAACAUGUUCAACACCUGUAUUUGCUUUAAGGCAUGAGAGGCCUACAUUGGCUACAAUCAUAACCUAAACUCAUUGAAUUUUUAUCCCUAUGAAGAAUCCUUACAGGGUUGAGAGACCCUUGGACUUCAAUAGAAACCCCAAGAGUAAGAGAGUUAAAGAUUACAGGACAGGAAUUUUUCGCUGGCGUGCAUGUGUUUACAUUGGUUUGUGCCAAGUAAAAGGAUCCUCAUUCAUCAGAAUGUUUAUCAAGGUAAUUUUUCUGUGCGUACUGUUUUUUGGUAACAUGAAUCCUCAUGCCAUGUUUACAAAUAUGAACAUCCUGUUGAUGUUACCGAUGAGAUUAGUUUUCUCAAGAAACAGAAAGAAUAAGUGAAACAAGUCUGUGUAAUUUAUUUUUUAAAUGCUCAUAACAGAUGUAAAUUGUUUUUGUGGAAGGUGAUUUUUACAGUAUGUGUAUAAAGAUUUGUGAAAAAUGUUUUUCACUUUUUAUAAUUAUCACUGUAAGCAGCACUGAGUAUUAAAAGACAGUGUAUCACUAUGAUUACUGCUGCAAUAAGCACCUGAGCUGCAAUAUUUUUAAAGCAGAUGAUGACCAAUCAGUCGGCUAAGAUCAGGUAAUUACAAAUGUCAUAUAUUUGUCAAUGUAUCGAGCCCCCAGGAAGUAGCAGAGCAAAGAAUGAAAGUACUAUUCCUGACUUUUAUUUUAAAUAGUGUAUAUGGAACAAUCGCAUACGUAUGCAAAGUUUCUCAACACUGUUUCAAGAGAAGGUCACAGUGUAAAGCCGAUUCAGGUAUGUAGGUUGUAAUUACAUUUUAAUAUUUGUUUAGCUAUCUCACACGGCCACGUUCGGCCUUAUGCUGGGCAUUACGUGCUGGUGAAAAGGAUUUGUUAAUUGUGUUGCAUGUUUUUUCAUCAGAUAGUCUUAUGAGAACUUUCUUAGGCAAGCCACAUACUGUAAACAUUCUUCAAUUUUUUCUGUUGUUUCCCUCAUCUUUUUAAAAAAAUGAAAAGUGACCCCUUUUGAAGAUAAUAUUGAUGAUCUUUAGAAAGAAAGGAAGUAAAAUACAUUUAUCUGUUCCAUUAUUCACUUGACACUGAAAGGAUUCUUUUUUAUUUUUGAAUACCUGUCUGCUCUGUUAGUCACCAAAGUUAAGCGCAACUAUUUCACGAAUAAGAUAUUUAUUUUGUUAUUUAUCAUGUCAAAAUGUUGACUGUAGGUUGUCCUUUUGGGGAGGAAGAGAAAAAGAGAAUAAAAGAUGUUGCAUGUUCUUUAACUUUUCAGAUCCUAAGCUACAGUUACUUGCUGAACAAAUGCCAGGUUAGUUAAUUACAAAGAAAUUGGAUUGUACUGUAAACCCCAGAUAAACAUUUUUAGAAUAUAAACAUUCUAAUAAUAAAGAUAUAUUUCUCA